AUGCUCUCCGAGAGCUUUGUUGCGUCGUUCCUAACGUCCAGCAUCCAACAUAUCUCGCCUGCGCUCAAGGAUGUUGGGAUCUGCCUCCAUGAAUUCCAGCCGGCGCAAUCGCUUCGUUUGACUUUGAAGAAGAGCUCCACUGAAUCUAAUUGCCUGGCUGUGGGAUGCUCGCAUAUAUUUGCGUCGCAGGCAGGGAAGGCCGUGGUUCAUGUGUACAGUCGGGAGAGAAAUAACCAGGAAGCCACCGUGCCUUUUCCGGAGAGAAUUCGAAGUCUUGCGUUGGCGGGGAGGGAUCAUGAACCAGGAUUGUUAGUCCUGGGGACGGAAAGUGGAAGACUUAUUCUGUGGGAGACAUGUACAGGACGCCAAGUAUCGACGACAGCAUCACAUUUACAACCUGUUACUUCGUUAGUAAUAGACCCGACCAAUAAUUUUAUUUUAUCUGGCUCAGAAGAUGCCAACAUCCAUGUCUGGUCGUUACCGCUUCUGACCUCCUUCUCCCGCCCUUCCACAUCCCAGACACAACCACUACCUAACCACCCUCUUCGGACAUUCACCAACCACAGAGCACCAAUUACGAGUAUAGCAGUUGGCCAUAGUCGUAACAGGAUUAAUAUUGCGCUUUCUACGUCGCGUGAUAAUACUGCGAUUGUGUGGGAGUAUAGAACUGGUAAAUUAUUACGAACCUACCUGUUGCCAGGCACGCCUCUCUGCUCGACAGUGGACCCCGCAGAUCGCGCAUUUUAUGUUGGAUACGACGACGGCAGCGUUCAAUUGGUAGAUUUCUUCAAAGAACCGUCAAUUCAGAACAUCCUUCAUGACAGCAGCCAGCAGUCUGCCCCCUCACAACCUUCGGCGAGCGAACGCUGGCUCCCUCCAAACGUUGAAUUGGGACCAAUACAAUGCCUUUCUCUCUCAUACGAUGGUAUGAUGCUCCUAUCAGGUCAUAGGAGUGGUGCUAUUGUGUGUUGGGAUGUUGCCAAGGGUAGAUACGCGUCUACGCUAGCGACUUAUGCCUGUCCGGUAACCAAUCUGCAGAUGUUGGCUCCAGUUGGCUUCCCAGAAACGGAAAAACAAGUACCUGGAAUGACUAUUCAUAAUAUUGUCAAGCCGCGAUAUGAUCAUGCCCUUUUGAAUUCGUCGCGAAUGGGGGACAUUAUCCCGGCAACAUACACUCUCCAAGCUCACCUAAUCGCCCCCCUACGUUUUGUCAACAACCGCCGAUUGACAGAAUCGUCUCUGUCAAAAGAUGAAUUCUCUGAAGCUUUAACCCAUCCCUUUUUCCCAUAUUCUCUGAUAUCAGAGGGAUUGGCAGAGCUAGAUGUCUUGGGCACUAGUCCCUCCAACUCAUCUACCAACGUCCAGACGACUCAGGAAUUGGGUCAGCAUGACCUUCAAAAUUCUAAACUUCAAUCUCUCGAGGAAAAAAUUGCCCGCCUGGAAAAGACAUCUUCCCUCCAGGAAUCAGCAACAAAAGCUAGCGUUGCAGAAAUUGUACAACUUCGGCAAUACAUAGCCAAACUAGAAGAUCACAAUAACGAUCUUUAUGAGAGGCAGCAAAAAUCGCAACAAGCAAAGCUUGAGAAGCAGGCACGACGGGAAGAACGUGCUCUCAAGCGCAGGGAAGCUUGGCUUGAAGCUGAGAAGAAAGGCCAGAAUGGUGAUGCGGUCGUGCGGAAAAUGGAGAUUGAAGAUGAAGAGAAGACGAGUGAGACGGAUGUUAUGAGUAGUGAUGAUGAUUAA